CAAUAAUUGAAAUUUGAAGCUCUGCUGAGACAAUCUUUUGUUUAUCAUAGCUUCAAACUCCUAAUUUCUGAAAUUGACCCUUGAGAUUGAGAGAGCAAUUUCAUAUUGAACCAUCUACGCGAUUGAAUCUUGCAGCAAAUCUAUCUCCUUGAAACUAUGGAAGCAGCACUGACUGCAGCAGUGAUUACAUUAGGCAUCAAAAUUCUUGUCGAUGAGCUGAUCGACUUUUUGAAGGAAGAGUAUUCUCUGUUUAAAGGUCUGAAUGAAGAUAUCCAAAAACUGCAAAAGACUUUGGCGAUGAUUGAAGCCUAUUUGAGUGACGCUGAUAGUAAGUCCAUUACCCAACAGGCUGUCAAGAUCUGGUUGAAUGAUCUUGAGGAUGUCGCUUUCGAUGCUGAUAAUGUCUUGGAUGAACUCAACUAUCAUCUUCUCCGUGAAAAAGUGAAGAAAAUGGACGCACCAAGUCCCAAUCCCAAGCCGAAGAAUAAGGUACUAUCAUGCUUGCCAUCCUGCAGUCGUAGUCCCUUUUUUCGUCGCUUUAAAAUUGCUCAUUCCAUCAAACAAAUCAAUGCGAAUUUUGAAUCUGUGAACAACAAGGCAGCACAACUUGGCCUUCAAAACAUUAUUGCGAAUGCACUUCCUGCUGCUGCUGUUGAUACUUCCGACGAGACUGAUUCGUUGAGUGUUGAUCCAGUCUUUAUUGGAAGAGAUGAUGAUGUGACUAUGCUAGUUGACAUGCUCACCCAGACCCACCCAGAGGAAGAGAAACGGAUGUUCUCCAUCGUUGCUCUUGUGGGAAUGGGGGGUAUGGGGAAAACUACAUUGGCUAGAAAAGUCUUUAAUCAUGAAAGGCUGAAGGAACGCUUCAGAUCAAUUAUUUGGGUUCAUGUUUCUCAAACUUUGAUCCCAUCCUUCUUUUUAAAAAUAUUCUUUCAACAUUUACUUCACAUGAAGGUCAGACUAGGGAAGAUAUCCUGAGAAAGCUUCAAGAAGCUCUCGAGGGUAAAACAUAUCUUCUUGUUCUUGAUGAUGUAUGGAAUGAAGAUGUACAGGAAUGGGAAGGAUUUAUGAAUUCCAUGUCAGGAGUUACUUCCACCAUGGGAAAUGGAAUUAUCAUCACUACCAGAAGUCAAAAUGUUGCUUCAAUUGUGAGACCACUUGAAUACACUUUGAGUGGCUUAUCAGUUGAUGAUUGCUGGUUCAUAAUCAAAGCAAAAGCUUUUGAUGAAAAUGAAGAAGUUCCACCACAAUUUCAGAUUAUUGGAAAAAAGAUUGCAGAAGCAUGUGGAGGUUUGCCUUUGGCUGCCAAUGUAGUUGGCGGUAUGCUUCGACGGUGCAAGACCGAAGAUGAGUGGCGCUUUAUCAGUGUAAAUUGUCUUUCAGAUGCUGAAGGUGCUGAAAGAAUUAAAAAAAUACUGAAAUUGAGCUUUGAUUAUUUGCCUUCUCCAUCUCUCAAAAAGUGUUUUGCAUACUGUUCAAUUUUCCCUAAAGGUCACUGGAUUCAGAAGCAGCGAGUAAUUGAGCAGUGGAUGGCAGAAGGUUUUCUUCAACCAGAUGAAAGAAAUGAGAUGGAAGAUGUGGGAAAUAAGUUUUUCAAUAUUCUUAUGCACAACUCUUUGAUGCAAGUUGCAAAGCUAGAUGGUUGUAGAAAUGAGGAAAUUUAUGUGAUGCAUGAUCUUGUGCAUGAUCUUGCAUCUUCUGUUUUAUCUAGUAAUGUGGACGGCAGCACCCCGGUUCGAUACAUGUUUCUUGAAGAAGAAUCAAGUCAUAUUUCUAAAGAAGUGGCCAAGCAUUUGCGUACAUUAUUCUUGAAAGUUGGAUCUUCUGGUAUCAAGUUUUCAGACUUCAAAUGUCUGCAUAAUCUAACUCUUGGUCAAAGUUAUACAGAGUUGCAGUUGCCCGAUUCAAUUAGGAAAUUGAUACAUUUGAGAAAUCUUGAUAUUUCAAAUACAUCUACUAAAAACUUGCCGGAGUGGAUUGGUGAACUCUGUCACUUGCAAUCGUUAAGAGUAUCACAUGCCAUGGAUCAGAAACUGCCAAACACUUUGAAGCAUUUGGUUAACUUAAGGCAUCUGUAUAUAAAAGAUGAUGUAGAGUUGCCUGCGGAGAUUGGGAGAUUAACUAGUCUCCAAACACUACCUUACUUCACGGUGGGCGAAGAGAAGGGCUAUCAUAUUGAAGAACUCGGAAAUUUGAAAAAUCUCAAAGGAGAAUUGGCUAUUACAAAUCUUGAGAGGGUUCGUGACGAAGAAGAGGCUCUGAAAGCCAAAAUAAUGCAGAAGGAAAAGUUAUCUGGAUUGCGGUUUGAAUGGAACUGUAAUCGUCCGGGUGAAAAUAAUGAUGAGGGUGUGUUGGAAGGUCUCAAACCUCAUGCAAAUUUAAAGAAGUUGACGAUUGAAGGAUACAAAGGCAAAAGAUUUCCAUCAUGGUUUCGAAAUGAGCCUCAAGGCUCUUGCUUACCACUUCAUAACUUGAUUGAGCUAAAUCUCAACCAUUGCUUACAAUGUGAGGAAAUUAUAUUGGACCACUUACCAAAUUUAAGGUUGCUCUAUAUAACAGAAUUAAAGAGUUUGGAAUGUUUGUCAAAAAUGUUUUUCUAUAACAAUCGCAAUCUCUCGUACUUGCACAUUGCAGAAUGUGAUAUGUUGACAGCAUUACCAGAUGGACUGGACACCCUGAAUUCUCUGCAUACCUUGGUAAUAGAAAGGUGUGAAAAUCUGAAGUCGAUUGGGAAACCAAGUUGUGGAGAAGGAGAAAAUCAAGGAAUCCUGAAUCGGCUGAGCAUUGUAGACUGCGGAAAACUGAUGGAAUUGCCAUAUCAAAUGGUAGAUUCAUGGGGCCCUACAAUUGAGUUUCUCAAAUUGGAUGGCUUAAGGAGCCUAACGAAUCUACCAAUGCUAAUUGACUGCCUCAGUAAGUCAUCUCCUUGUCUUAGAGAAUUAACAAUCAGAGGCGUUCCUAUGAUGUCUGCUGGAAAUGUUGAGAGUUGGAAUUUAGGUAGCUUGUGGAAAUUAGAAAUAUAUGUGAGUGAGGAGUGGUCAAAAGAGAAUAGUGUGGCCAUUAAUGAGACUGUGAAUGGCAUAUUGGAAGGCUGUUGCAACUCACUUCAUACAUUAAAAUUAAGAGGAGUGGAAUAUUGGGAGUGGCUGCCUCAAUCAAUUCAACUUCUUACUUCUCUUCCUUUCUUACAGUUAGAAAAUAUAGGGAUAGAAGAAUUGCCGCAAUGGUUUGGAAACCUCUCAGCUCUAACACAGUUACAUCUAUAUGGCUGCACAAAGUUGAGGUGCCUGCCCUCAGUGGAUGCAUUGAAGCCUCUCACUAAAUUAAAAUUGUUAGAAAUUAAAAACUGUCCAAAACUAAGUAUUGAUUCGGAGUGGCACAACCAUCCCGAUCUCCAGAUCAUGGUUGAUGGUGACCGCAUUUGAAUUUGAAUCUCAUAGCAACCAAGACAAAUGCAGGCCUUGUUGGUUGACUACUGCAAAAGGUUGAAGACUUCAUCAAAAUCAGCGCGCAUGUGCGUACAUCUCAUGGUGCAAAAACAUUUUGAGUUGCUGAUCAUUAAUAUUGGAGUAUAGCUUUCACCAAGCAUCGGCCGCCAAUCAAAUUUGUCAAGUGCUGCUAUGACUAUACUAGUGUGCUUUUCUGAUAUGCUUGUAAACUUGUGUGUUUGGUCUUUAUGAAAAUUGAUGAUUAUAUGGUUGUCUGAAUCAGAUUGCCUUUGAGAGGGGAAAAGAUGGGUAACCUUUCAGUUGACUGGGGAGAGUGGAGAAGAAGAUGGGUAGGCCAUUGAAAUUUCCCUCGCGACCUGGAGGUGCUGUCCAACAAGGCGGUUGGGUGCUUCUUCUCGCACGGGGCAGAGUUGGAGGAGUUGUGGCCUGGUGCAAAAAAUUAGGGGAAUAAUGAUGUGAAGAGGGCUUAGGGCCUGAAUUUUGGAGAUCUCAACCUGCGAAACCAUGGAAACAGUUGCUACAGCAGGCAUCGAAUUCCUUGUCCAAAAGCUGACCAAAGUUCUGAAUGAAGAGUACUCUCUACUUCGAGGUCUCGAUGGAGAAGCCCAACAGCUGCAGAGGAUGAUUCAAGCCUACUUGAGUGAUGCUGAGAAGAAAUCCAUCACCCAAGAUGCUGUCAUGGUCUGGUUGAAGGAUCUUGAGGAUGUAGCGUUCAAGGCUGAUAAUGUCUUGGAUGAACUCGACUAUCACCGUCUCCACAAAAAAAUCAACAAAAUCAAGACACGUCGGUGAUACCAAUGAAAUGAAGUGUUUGGAAACCUCUCAGCUCUACACAGAGUUGAGGUGUCUGCCCUGAUACGAGUGCCGUUCCAUCAACGCCAAUCGCCCCUCCGGCGAUUCAAGCUACCAAUGUGAGCAGCGUGGCAAGAAAGGGAGCAGAGGGAAAGAAGGGUCGAAGAGGCCAGAUAGAAGUGGAGUCGAGAAGAGAUGAAAGACCGAAGAGGCAAUCCAAGCAGCCAGUGAAGUUUGGAGAUUUUGUUUCUCGCUAGUUUAGUAUUUUAGUUAUUAUUAUUAUUUUGAGGAAUAUUUAUAUUUUGGACUUAUUUAUUUUAUAUAAUGAGUCGAGCGUAAUUAUAAGCUGCAAGCCGGGUUUUCUUGUUGGUUCUUUCCCGGUCUAAUCGAGUCAAACCAAACCUAGGGUCCUUAGAUAUAUAAAUAGGGAUUCGGUGUAUUGAGAGAAUGAAUCAAUAUAUCAGAAAUUUCCUAA